GUGGGGUCAAGUUUUCAUAUUAGAUGCUCUUUCAAAGUACAAAUCAGCGGAUGCACGUGAAGCUGAAAAUAUUGUGGAAAGAGUUACUCCAAGGCUACAACAUGCAAAUUGUGCUGUGGUUCUUUCAGCUGUUAAGAUGAUUCUUCAACAAAUGGAAGUGAUCACUAGUCCUGAUUUGACUCGGAAUCUAUGCAAGAAAAUGGCUCCUCCUCUUGUAACAUUACUUUCUGCAGAACCUGAGAUUCAAUAUGGUUGCUUUGAGAAACAUUAACCUUAUUGUACAAAGAAGGCCCACAAUUCUUGCUCAUGAAAUCAAGGCAACCUACUUUCCAGGUGUUUUUUUGCAAGUACAAUGAUCCGAUAUAUGUGAAAAUGGAAAAGUUAGAGAUCAUGAUUAAGCUUGCUUCAGAAAGAAAUAUUGACCAGGUUUUGUUGGAGUUUAAAGAGUAUGCUACUGAAGUAGAUGUAGAUUUUGUUAGAAAGGGUGUCCGUGCCAUUGGACGAUGUGCUAUCAAGUUAGAGAGAGCUGCUGAACGUUGCAUUAGUGUUCUUUUGGAACUCAUCAAAAUUAAAGUAAAUUAUGUAGUCCAAGAAGCGAUUAUAGUCAUUAAAGAUAUUUUUAGAAGAUAUCCCAACACUUAUGAAUCUAUCAUUGCUACACUUUGUGAGAGUUUGGACACUUUAGAUGAGCCAGAGGCAAAGGCGUCAAUGAUUUGGAUAAUUGGUGAAUAUGCUGAGAGAAUCGAUAAUGCUGAUGAACUUCUUGAAAGCUUCCUGGAGAGUUUCCCUGAAGAACCUGCACAAGUCCAGUUACAAUUAUUAACAGCAAACAGUCAAACUCUUUCUUAA